CAGGGAUCGGACGCCCCGACAGGCCAGGUAGUCCUAGUCCCUCCCUCGCCACUCUCACCAGUUCGUAUCCAAUUCCAACCCAAAUAAAUAAUCCCCUUCCCCUCGAUAUCUCGCCGUCUCUCCCGGCAGAAAAAUCGAGUCUUCCUCCCGCCGAGCCGCCGUAGCCCUAAUCCUCCGAGCUUCGCGGAUUCGUCGCGGCCGCCGUCCAGUGGAUUCGCUUGAACAUCUUGCUGAAUUAGUAAUAUCGAUUGGAGCAGCAGACAUUGGUGGUGAGAUGAUGGGUAGCAGCAAGAGAUAGAGUGGCAUGCCAUCCUGUGGCGAGGCUGCAAAGAUCACGGCAGAGGCGUUCCCAAGCAACAAGAGGAAGAAGGCCGUUGUACCUCUUUGUGCACGGUUGCUUCCUGACGACAUGAUGUUGGAGGUGCUGCUUCGGCUCCCUGUCAAAUCCAUUCUCCGCUUCCAGGCUGUCUGCCGCUCUUGGGCUGCACUCUUCUCCUCCAAGGAUUUCUGCAGCCUCCAUAUGGCAACAUCCAAGGUGCCACCACAAGCACCAAAGCUACUAGUUGUCUCCCCCACAGCAGAAUUGGACUCCACCUCAGUAUGCUCAUACUCACCGUCAAGCUCAAGCUCAAGCUCGAGAGAUGCUUUGCUCUUCACCGUUGACUCUGCCCGCCGCAACUCCGCGGAAGUAGUGAUGCCCUCACCUUGCUGUGGACUCACCCUUCUGUUUGAUGCUGUUGCACCAGCUUACUAUGUUUGCAAUGCAUCCACUAGGGAAGUCACACGUUUGCCACCUCACAGUCUUCCAAAAUAUGAUUCCAGUGCUGGACUGGGAUUUGAUGCCCGGACAAGGGAGUACAAGGUCGUCAGGUUGAUCAAUGGGUUAUCUGAUGAGAAGGAGACGAUCAGGUGUGAUGUGUACACGCCUGGAGCUGAUCGCUGGAGGCCUGCGGCUGGAGGAGUACCCUUCAAGUGGUCCUUGUUUGCAAAUUCUGCAGUUGCUCACGCAAUGGUGAACAAAAUACCGCCUGUGUUUGAGAAUGGAUAUUUGCACUGGUUGAUCAAUCCUUCUCUUAUCAUCAGAAGGCCAAGAGCUGCUAUCAUAUCCUUUUCUGUUGCAGAGGAAACCUUCGGAUGUGUCCGAUCACCGCCGUUCUGGGGACCUGGAGAGAACCUGCGCUCCUGGUCCCAGUCAGAACGAGAGCACCUGGUUGUGAUGGAUGACCAGCUGUGCAUUGUCCGGGACCUUCGCAACAGAACCCCUGAUGGUAGCACCUUGGAGAUUUGGGGACUGCUGGAUUAUGGCUCUGGUGAUUGGUCCCUGAAACAUCGAAUUGAUUUGUUUGCGCAAGUCGGAAGAGAAUUAGGUGAGCCAAAGGUUGUGAGGGUUAUUGGUUCUGUCGGCAAUGGCACUUUGGGGAAGAAGAUUGUCAUUGCUACUAGCGAGUGUUGGGUUGAUGAGAAGUUUCAGAAGAAGGUUUACACCUAUGAUCCUAGGUGUCAAGUUCUGGAGGCCAUUCUUUCGGUCAUCGAGACACACACCCGGCUUACGCGUUUGAUCCCUGGUUCAAGGUUUAGCCUGUUUGAAGAGAGCCUUGCUCCUGUUUGAAGCGAAAUCAGACAUACCGGCGAUAUUUAGCAGUGGCUUGGAUUGAUUGAGAGUGAAAACUUCAGCUAAAAGACCAUAGGGGCCAAAUCUGAGAAUAAGACGUUUGAGGGGCCAUAGAUGUACUUAAGUUGCACUCUCGCAGAUGAAGACGAGCAGGUGAUGAAUAUAUGAGGUCUAGGGCCAAAAACUAACCACUAAACUAAUGAGCAGAGUAUAUCUGCUGUGCUAGCAAUGCAGAGAGUUCAAAUCAAGAUGCCGCAAUUAAUGCUUUACCAAAAAGAAACUGCAGCAGAUUGUAAAAAAAAGGAUGUAAAAGUACUCCUUCUGCGGGCUGCAACCAAGUCAAGAAAAGUGGAUGAAGAUUGUGCAGCAGUCCCAUUUCUCACCGGCUGCAACCAAGAUUGUAGCUUCUUCUUCAGAACUGGCUUCUACAAUGAACAACAGACAGAGGAGCACAAUGAGAGAAAUUCUUGAGGCAAACCCGGGUGAUAAAACCAAGGGAGCGCCCCCAACAUACACGUGAUUAGGGUUCGACCGACAGUCGUACACGAUGAAUUGCGAAAGCAUCGACAAACUGAAACUGUCAACGCUGAAUCUAUCUGCUGUGUGUCUUGUUCAACUGUGAUGACGCACGUCAAGUUCAACUCAGAUGAACUCAGUUGCCUAAAAAACGUGCUCUAUCAGACUCCAUUUCUCUAACUAUUUUUUGUGAUCACAAAAAACACCGCAAUUCACAGCGGGCGAGCUCUUUAUUUUUUUCAGCGGAAGUACUAUUUCCACAGCUUAAAAAUAUAUAUAAACAUAGACAUAUGCUUGUAGUAUAGACUGUACAAAACCAUGUGACACAUGUGGUGAGAGAUCCAAACUAUUUGAGAAAAAAAGUAUACACGUAUAAAAUUUCAUGAACACAUAUGUUCAUACAUGAUGUACAUAAAAAGACAAAUACAUAGAUUAAAUUGGGCUU